GUCGUUGUAACGCGUAACACAACAAGACCCGGCGCGGGAGCUGCAUUUGGCUGCAUCUCUUGUAGCUAAUGUUGGUACAUUUAAAAAAAACAGCCCCAUUACAGAUCAGCAGAGAGGAGCCGGUAGCCCGCAGGAGCUGCCACUGCGGUCUCCCCGGGGCAAGGUGGUGAUUAUGCGGCAGGGACGGCGUCUGUCGCGGCUUUAACAGAUCUCAGUCCAGGCUUUGGGGGCGCAUUCCUUGGGGUGAGUCUGUUUCGUACCUGCCGCCAUGAUGGAGGUCAGCGGAGCCCCGGUUGACGUCCUCCUCCAGCGUCCCUGGCUUCCUGUGAGCAUCAGCGGCUGCCGGCUCCUCGCUAAGAUCUGGUUUGGAGACUCGGCGUACCACAUCCUGCUGACUGACAUGACCUGUGUGUGGGAGGAGAGGAUGGACUCAGCUGCCAUCCAGAGCCGAGCACAGGAGCUGAACAGGCGCCUGCGAGCCCCCGUCAAAGCGUUCUUCUCCCACCUGUGUGCGGUGGUCCAGCCCUGUCUGUCCGGAGGCGGAGAGCGAGCUGAUGACGAGGCUCAGAUCUCCCUGACGCGACAGGAGGACGGCGACAUCAGCAUGAGGCUGAAGAGCGAGCUGGCAGGGCUGCCCUUCUACUGGGAGUUCCACUGCACCCCCGCCUCCGUCACACUGGUGUGCGCUCAGCUGGUGCGCCCCCUGCUGGCGAUGAGCCGCCUGCUGCAGCGGCAGGUGGAGCAGCUGGGAGGUCUGCUGGUGAGGAAGGACGCAGAGAUCCAGGACUACAGGGAGAACGGAGCCACGCUCAGCAGAGAGCGGCUGCAGACGGAUGUUUUUGAGGAGCAGACCUACAGAGAGGACUUCAUGGCAAAGGCUCUUCCCGUGGCGAGCUCCAAGCAGCAGGACGCUCACGGCUUCGACGCCGACCUGCAGCACCUGUACGCCUCCGUCGUCGCUCACGGAAACGCACGAAAACGCAGACUGUCGGAGGAGCGCUGCGUGGAGGAGGAGGAGCAGCGGCCGGCCGCCUCAGAGGAACCCGACCUCACCCCGUCUGCAGGCGUUGGAUCCGUCAGCACUGAAACAGCUGAGAGCGACAGAGGACUGAGCCACAACGGCCAGACAGAGGCGACGAGAGCCAAGAUGGCCGACAGAGCCGCAGUGCAACAGUCUCUGCCCGUCACGUGCAGCCCUGCGGAGCGACCAGCCUCCAAACCAAAGAAGAAGAAAGUGGGACUGUUCAGAUGAGCCCGAGCAGUAGGACACACACACACCAUUAAGAACUUCAAUAGAAAAAGUUUUUUCCCACGUGGAGAAAAAUGGAAACGGAUCUGUCUUCAAAACCAUUUCCUGUUUUUAACGUCUUCAUUUUUACAGGUCGAGAAACUUUAUCUGCUUUUAAUCUAGUUUAGAUUUUAUCAUAUAAACAAGUUUUUAAAUGAAACAUUUAAUUCAAUGAAUUCAUUUUUCUAUUUUUAAUGGUCUUGUGAUUUGGUUUUAUCUGAUAACUGCUGUCAAUAUUUCAAACAUACAGGUAAUUAAACAGGUAACUAGUUUAAUUUCUCAUGAUAUAAACAAUCAAUUUUCAUGUCGUUUAAAACUGAUUUAUUGAUUUUGGGGGGUUUUAGAAAAGUCAAACAAGCUGUUGAUUA